AUGACCACCAGGUGGCAGCAGAUCUUUUGGGGAAAAAAGACCUUAUGUUUUUGAGUUGAUGCAACAGCAAAAAAGUGGGCAGUGCAUAAAGGACGUGUAAACUGCAAUAAGAUCGCGGAUUAGCUCCUGAUUGGUUGAAAAGUUUGCGGUACUUUUUUUUCUGCUGAGUUUUUUUCCUACUAUAAAAAGCAAUGGCAACGUGAGAGGUUUCAUUCUCUCGAAGUGAGCACCGGAGCUGGACUAUUACUGAGCUAAAAGUCCUUCACUGGGAUAACAACUACUUUAGUGGAAUAUCUCUGCAAGAUCAGAUUUUUUUAGCCAUGGCAAACUCCUGUCUGCAGCUCUUUGGCUUUCUGUGCAGCUGUCUGGGGUGGUUGGGCAUCGCUGUAGCGACCGCCACUAAUGACUGGGUGGUCCUCUGCAAGUAUGGCCUGAACACCUGCAAGAAGAUGGACAACCUGGGGGCCAAGGGGCCGUGGGCUGAGUGCAUCAUCUCCACUGGACUCUACCACUGCUCCACCUUCACACAGAUACUGGAACUGCCUGCCUACAUCCAGACCACACGUGCACUAAUGAUCACAGGUUCCAUCCUGGGCCUGCCCGCCGUGGGGAUGGUCCUCAUGUCCAUGCCUUGCAUCCGCAUCGGCAACGAGCCUCAGAGUUCUAAGAACAAGCGUGCCGUCGUGGGCGGCGUCCUCACGCUCAUCGUCGCGCUGUGCGGGCUGGUGUCCACCGUGUGGUUCCCCAUCGGGGUGCACUGGGAGGAAAACCUGAUGUCAUUCGGCUUCUCGCUGUAUGCCGGCUGGGCGGGCGUCGUCUGUUCGCUGCUGGGCGGCUGCGUGCUCACCUGCUGCUCCUCAGACUCCGCCUCCUCCCGCCCGUACCAGGACAACAGCCACUACUAUUAUUCCAAGACGGGCAACGCGCCGGGCGCCCCCACCGCCACCGCAUCCUCUGUCAACCACGCCAAGAGCGCCCACGUCUGACCACGAUGUCGGACACACACUUUGACACACCCACACACGUUAGUGAAAGAGUUGGGAACGGCCCUCCACUGUCGGCCAUGUUGGUUGGAUCUUUUGGGGGCGUGGCCUGUGGACUUCCUCUCCUGCUCAGUGGACUCUCAUCACGUUACGCGUUUUCAUUUGAUUAAUUUCGUGGAAUUUUUAUUGUUGGUGUUUCUAACUAGAAUUUGAUUGAGUUGUUGGCUGUGAGUUGUACAGACAAUUAAAUAGAAGAUGUUGUCACUUAGCCAAAGUGUUAAAACUCAAGUAUGGCCCCUGGCAGCAGUGUACGAAAAAUAAGACGAAAAUGCAGCGAUCUGAUUGGACGCUUAGUAAACGCCAUCAUCUAUCGGCGAUGCUAUGACAUCCUUUGCUUUUUCCGAUCUAUUAUCUUUUCAACUGCGUUACGGGAAAAGUCAAAGUAAGCUAGCCUAUUUUAUUUUUGACUAAGCUGAGCGGAAAAAAUAAUGAAUGCCGUGACAUUGUUUUUUCACGAUCUAUAAUCUCUCGCUUUUGUUGUCACCAAAAAAAGUCCCACAUUUCGUUACGGUUGGAACAAGUAUGCACGCCUAUUUUGUUUUCGACUAAGCUCAGCAACAACAAAAACAAAGCAACAAAAAAAGUCCCAUGUUUUACAACGGUUAAAAAAAGUAAGCUAGCUUAUUUUGUUUUUGACUAUGCUGACCAACGGAACAACUUAAUUACGGCAAACAAAAAUUGUGCAACAAUAUAAAUGCGACAAUUAGUUUCAGCGCAUGAUGACAUUAUUAACUUAAAUGACGUUGUCGCCUUUUGGCGAUGCCGUGACAUCAUUUGCUUUACCAUCUAUACUGUACUGUUGCAUUUAUGGUUACCAAAAAUGUCCCACAUUUUGUAACUUUUGGAACAAGUAAGCUAGCCUAUUUUGUUUUUGACUACGCUCAGCAACGGAAAAACUUUCAAUGAGGACAAGACAUUAUUUUUAAAAUGUGAAAGAAUAUUCUUUUUGGUACGUGGUAACAUCGUAACCAAAAGUAAGUUUCGCAACUGUUAAAACAGGUAAGCUAGCCUAUUUUGUUUUUGACUAUGCUGAUCGACGGAACAACUUUUAAUUACAACAACAACAAAAAAAGUGUUUUGGCAUAUGACAACAACAAGCUUAACUGACGUUGUCGCCUUUUGGCAAUGCCGUGACAUCAUUUGCUUUCCGAUUUGUAAUCUUGUCAUUUUUGCCAAAAAAGCCCCAAUGUUUCAUAACUGAUGGAGGAAGUAAGAUAGCCUAUUUUGAUUUUGGCCAGACUGAGUGACGGAACAACUUCUAAAAACAACAAAAGAAACCACAAUAAAAGUAUGAGGUCUGGAUAUUGCAGCGAAGGGUUAGGAGUUUGGUCAGGGGUGUCCAACUUUUUCCAGCGAGGGUCACAUAACAAAAAUGUGAGGAUGCAAGGGCCACUUUGAUAUUUUGUAUAUGCUAGGUAGUUAUAUAUAUAUUUCAAGAAAAAACUUUGUGAUAUUGGUGAAAAAGUCUAUUAUUCAUAUGAACUUCACUCUUUACCUUUUUUUUUUACCCAUUUUUGCAGAUUAAAAAAAAAAAAAUUCUAAAUAUUUCAACUUCUUCUUAAAUAAUCUUUGUCAAUUUUCUUUUUGUAAUAUUAUGACUUCAUUCCCCUAAUAUUUUGACUUUAUUCUCAUAAUAUUAUAACUUUCCCCAACCUAAUUUUCCAAAAAUUACUUCUCUCACAUUACGACUUGUAAAAAAUAAUGAUUUUUUUUUAUAUUUCAACUCUAUGCAACUGAAAUGACAUUAUUCUUCCACGUUUAUUCUCAUAGAUUUUGUUUUUUCCAUUUCUGCUGGGGUUUUUUCCCAACUAUUUCAACUUAAAUUAAUGUAAAUGUUGUAAUUAUGACAAUAUUCCCAUAAUAUUUUGACUUUAUUUUCAUAACAUUACAACUUUUUUGGCAACCUAGUUUCCCAAAAAUGACUUUGUUUUGUUUUUUUCUCAUAAUAUUGCUUUUUUAUUAUUAUUAUUUUCCACUAGCCAUCCCAAACCAGCUGUACUUGUUUUGUUUUCCUUUGUUUCCCGAUCUUGCCUGCGUUGUUGCCCAAAAAGUCAAACUUCCUUGCGAGCUAACCACCCAGAAAAAGCUGUAGAUUUUCUUCUCGAAUCUGUUGCGCGUUAAACAUGAAGCAUGAUUAAAAAUGUAAGCGGACGUGUAAGCAUUUGCGUAAGCGUGAUAAUUGGAAUAACAAAUCCUUGCAGCUUCUCAACAUUCACGCACGUUAUUGUUUCCUUAAAUGUGACUUAUACCAUCGUGAUAUCAGCUGUAUCGGAUGGACUUUAUGUGCACUGAUAGCACGGCAAGUAGUUGAAAAAACUAAUCGGUAUCCUAUGACUUUGUUGGCUAUUUAUUGUUUCAUGUGCUCCUGUUUGAUUUUCCACAUAAAGCUACAUCUAUCUGCCUUGGCGCGUCA